CGGGCGCGCCUUGCCCCGCCCCCGAGGCGCCCGCUGGGUCCUGGCGCCGGGCGCUGGCGCUCGCCAUGUUGGCGCGGCUGGUGCUGGCGCCGCGGGCGCUGCUCGGGGCCGGGGCCGGGGCCGGGGCCGGGGCCGGGGCCGGGGCCGGGGCCGGGGCCGGGGCCGCCCGCAGCCUGGGGGCCCUCGGCCGGGUGCCGCUGGGCGCCGGCUUCGCGCUACGGGCGCGGCUGAGGCAGCGUCCGGCCUCCUUGCUGCUGGCGGCGGCGGCGGCCGGGGGGGCGCUGGGGGCCUGGGUGCUGCUGGUGUGCGAGAGGCCGUGGGGGUCGGCGGCGGGGACCCUGCCCGGGGCGCUGUGGCUGCUGCCGGUGACGUUCCUGACCGUGGGCUACGGCGACCUCGUCCCCGUCACCGCCGGCGGCCGCCUGCUCUGCCUGGCUGCCGGCGCCGCCGGCGUGUGCUGCACGGCGCUGCUGGUGGCGGUGGUGGCCGAGAAGCUGCAGUUCAGCCGGGCCGAGCGGCUCCUCUACGACGUCCUGCAGAGCGACCGCAGCGCCCGCGAGGUGCGGGCGCGGGCGGCGACGCUGCUCCAAGGCGCCUGGAGGCUGCGGCGGGCGGCGCCGGCCCAACCGGGUCGAUGGCGACGGGAGCGACGGCUGCUGCUGGCGCUGGAGGCCUUUCGGGACGCCCGGAUCCGGCACCGGAAGAUCCAGGAGGAAGCGGAAGCCGCUCUGAGGCCCUGCAAGGUGGCGGCGGCGGUGGCCGAGGUGGCCGAGGGGCAGCGGGACGCGCGGAGCCGCCUCGAGCGCCUGGAGCGGAGCCUGGAGCGGCUGCGGGAGCUGCUGGAGGCCGCCCGGACGCCUGGGCCCCUUGGGGAUGCUCCCCGGACGCCUGGGCCCCUUGGGGACACCCCCAGGACGCCUGGGCCCCUUGAGGACGCUCCCCGGACGCCUGGGCCCCUUUGGGAUGAGCCCCGGACGCCUGGGCCCCUUGAGGACGACCCCCUCCUGUCCGCGUCCCCCAGGGAUGGCGGGGCCCCCCGGACGCCUGGGCCCCCCCCGGACGCCUGGGCCCCUGGGGAGGGAGGGGCCGCGGCCCCCUGUUACCGUAAUGCCCCGUCUCAGCCGCCCGGGGCCCCCCCGGAGGUGCUUUAGGGGCUGCCGUAAUGCUGCUAAUAGAUGCUCAGGUUUGGGGGGGUCGCCUGAGGGAUUUGGGGUGAUUCGCGGGGAAUUUGGGGGCCUUGGGGGGGAUUUAGUGCCAGUUUGGGGGGAUUUAGGGUCAGUUCAGGGGAUUUUGGGUCAGUUUGGGGGAAGCUUGGGGGGAACUGGGGGCAAUUUAGGGGUUUCUAGGGCAAUUUAGGGGGAUUUGGAAGCAGUUCAAGAUGUUUUGGGGCAGUUUGGGGUGUUUGGGGGCAGUUCAGGGGGAUUUGGGGCAAUUCAGGGUGUUUUGGGGCCAGUUGAGGGGGUUUGGUGGCAGU